AUGGGGCUUUUAGGAGGUUUGCACUCAUUACAUUUGCACAACAACCAUCUCUCUGGAGAAAUUUCUUCAUCUCUACAAAAUUGUAUGAGUUUAGUGUUGGUUGACCUCGGUGAGAAGGAGUUUCAUGGAAGCAUACCUACUUGGAUGGCGAAAAGGCUUCCAUAUUUGAUUGUUCUUACCCUUCGUUCAAAUAAGUUAGAUGGCGUAAUACCUCUAGAACUUUGUCGCCUCUCUCAUCUUCAAGUCUUGGAUCUUGCUAACAACAAUUUGUCUGGAGCAAUACCAUGGUGCAUCAACAAUUUUAUUGCCAUGGUAAGAAAAGAAAAACAUGUGCAUUCUAUUGCAAAUGAAAAUCCCAUGUAUGAAAAUGCUAUGCCUCCUAUUGUUGCUUCUGCACCCUUCGGUAGAAAAGAUUUCUCAGAGAAUGAAGUUUUGGUGACAAAAGGAAAUAUAUAUCAAUAUGACAAGACUCUUUCUCUUGUGACUAGCUUGGACCUUUCGAACAACAAUAUAUCCGAAAAGAUCCCUAGGGAAUUAACCAGUCUCCAAGGAUUGCAUUUUCUGAAUUUGUCUGGAAAUCAUAUAACUGGUUUGAUUCCAAAGAAUAUAGGUAACAUGGGAUUAUCGGAAUCUCUUGAUUUAUCCAAAAACGAACUCUGCGAUGAAAUUCCUCCAAGCAUGUCAGGUUUGAAUUUUUUAAGUUACUUGAAUUUGUCUUAUAAUAACUUGUUUGGAAAAAUUCCAUCGAGUGCCCAACCCCAAAGCUUCCAUGCUUCUAGUUUCACCGGCAACAAGCUUUGUGGACCUCCACUCACAAAGAAUUGUAGCGAUAAUGGCAAAACACCUGAGGGGAAUGAAGGAGAUAGCGAAGGUGCUAGAUCUGAAGUGGAUUGGUUUUAUGUGUUUAUGACUUUAGGAUUUGCAGUUGGUUUUUGGGGCGUCUCUGCUCCUAUAUUGUUCAUUAAGUCAUGA